UAUUUAAAGACAGGAACUAAAAGAAAACUGGGACUUACAGGUUGCAUGAUCUGCUUCUUCAGAUAUUUGUUUUGCUGUCAGUGCAUACAAGGACUGUUUAUCAAGUGACACCAAGCGUAAGUUGGUUACACAAAGGUUAUUUAAAAAGCUUCCCAAUGGAAAGAAGUGCUUUAGCUUUGAAGGCAAUGGUUAAGAGGCAUCGUCCAAAGAAAGAGCAUUUGGACCCUCGAAACUGGAUGAGACCAGAGACUGUGAGGGGGUUUGCUGACUUCGUAACGAACAAAAACUCGGACAAAGAUACAGACAACAGCUUUGACAACAAAGAGAUGUUGCUUGAAGCAGAGAAGCAGUUUAUGGAAGCAGCGAAAAUAAAUGAUGUGGAGACCAUGAAGACUCUUGGAAAAGGGCUGAACCCCAACGCAAAGAACGUGCACAACAGGACUGCUCUUCACUAUGCAGUAGCUGGCAAAAACAAGGAAGCCGUGCAACUUCUCCUACAGCGCAGGGUCAAGGUGGACCAAAAGGACAAGUACGGUGUGGCACCCAUUCAUUUGGCCGCCUGGUUUGGCAGUUUGGAGAUCCUGAAAUUACUGGUGCAGGCUGGGGCUGAACAGAAGGUUGAGAACGAGGAGGGACUGAACAUCAUGCACUGUGCUGCUGUCAACAACCACACUGAAAUCAUGGAGUAUAUUGUCAGUGAUCUGCAAAUGAAAGAACUAGACAAAGAUGAUAAGUCAGGAAACCGGCCAUUUGCAUUGGCGGCAGAGCACGGCUGUGUUGAAAUGUUAGAAAUGCUAAUGGACUCAUAUGACAUGGCCACCAUGAAGCCCAACAAGAGCGGGGACACGCCCCUGCACUUAGCUGCCAGGAACGACCACUUGGAUGCGGUCCAGCUGCUGCUGCAGAGCUUUGAUACUCGGGAUGAAGUCAAUAUGGAUGGUGAGACAGCUUUAUACCAGGCUGCAGACAAUGGUCAGGAAGGAUGCGUCCUGGCCCUGCUGGAGGCAGGCUGUGACCCCAACAUGCUCACAACAGCCAAAUGCAGCGCUCUCCAUCCAGUCUCAGAAAGAGGAGAUGCAUCUCUUGUCCAGCUCCUCUUAGAGUACAAAGCCCAUUCAGACUGUAAGAAUCAGCAACAAGAUGCUCCACUCCACCUGGCAGUGAAAAACAGUCACAUCCCUGUCAUCCACGCUCUGCUAACUGCUGGCGGCAACAUUAAUGUCACUGAUAAGAGGUUGCAGACUGCUAUGCAUCUUGCCGCCGAGCUGGCCAAAACAGAAGUUGUGGAGAUGCUUCUUAAAGCUGGGCUGGAUCUGACACUGCAGGAUAAGCAGGGUAAGACAGCUCUGGGUGUGGCAGUCAGGGCAGACGAGGUGAUAAUUGUGGACAUGAUCAUCAAAGCAGAAAGAUACUACGCCUGGAGGACGGCCAACCCAGAGCUUAAUGAGAGUGUUCACAGCGAGUAUCCUCUGACGUUUAAACUCGACCACCGCUACGAGACCAAGCACAUCCGCUCGAUGGCCUGGCGCCUGGCUUACGAGCUCCUGAAACCAGGAGACUGGAAAAGACUGGCAGAACACUGGGGCUUCACGAAGGAGCAAGUGUCAGCCAUCGAGGAGCAGUGGACAGGUCAGCACAGCUAUAAAGAGCAUGGGAACAGGAUGCUGCUGAUCUGGAUCCAUGGGGAGGAGUUGGCUCAGAGGAGCCCUUCAAAAGAACUUUACCAGGGCCUCAUCCUCACAGGGAACAGGAAAGCUGCAGAAAAGAUUCGGAUGGAGACAGAGAGUGGCAGCAAUAAGAGCUGCAGCAUUUCAUGAGAGUGAACACUGCAACAAAUGGACUGAUAAAACCAACUCUGCGUUUUCACCAUUUUUUAACUACUCGUCUGUACAGGAAGUUA